UCUUCUUCCAAUUCUUCACAUUUUUUUCUCUUAGUUCCCUGUGGAUCCCUUUCUAAAUACUCUUUAUAUGUUAGAUGAAGAUUAUUUUGAUCAUGAGGAUCUUAUGAUAGAAGCAAUGGCCCUACAUAGACAACGACAUGCAGCCGAGGGAGCAUCUUCUUCACGUCGUCCUAAUUCUCAACCUCGUAUGUUCAUCCGACGCAAUCCAUUGGAAGAUCAUGAACACCUUUAGAAGGAUUACUUUGCUCAACCACCAAUAUAUCCACCAAAAAUUUUUAGGAGGUGAUUUCGAAUGAAUCGUGAUAUUUUUUUACAUAUACAUUCUGCAGUUGAGACUCAUGAUGAUUAUUUUGUCCAAAAGAGAGAUGCCAGUGGUAGGCUUGGAUUGUCUUCCCUUCAAAAGAUGAUCGCGACAAUUAGGAUGCUCACAUAUGGGAUAACAACAGAUCUUAUGGAUGAGUAUGUAAGAAUUGGAAAAAGCACUGCAUGGUUGAGUAUGAAGAAAUUUGUAAAGGCGAUCGUGUCAAUCUUUGGGGGUGAGUACUUGAGGUCUCCAACCAGCAAUGAUAUAGCGAGGUUACUAGAAGUUGGACAAAGGCAUGGGUUUCCAGGAAUGUUGGGUAGCAUUGAUUGCAUGCACUGGAAAUGGAAGAAUUGUCCUAGUGCUUGGAAAGGUCGUGCUCCUCCAUGCAACUAUACUAUCAAUGGUCAUGAAUACACAAUGGAAUAUUAUCUUGCUGAUGGCAUAUAUCCUUUAUGGGCAAUAUUAGUAAAAACAAUUCCUGCUCCACAUGGAAAAAAGAAAAAACAUUUUGCUGCUUGCCAGAAGUCUGCAAGGAAAGAUGUGGAACGUGCCUUCGGAGUACUCUAAGUUAGAUUUGCAAUUGUGCGUGGACCUGCAAGGUAUUUGAUGGGCCCCAAGGCGGACCAAGUCUUAAGGAUCAAUUACAAAAUCAAGAGUUAGGAAGAUCAAGGAAGCUAUGCAUGGAUGGGGGUGCAAUCCACACUUGAGACGUGUUUAGCAA